AUGUAUACAAGUCAUGAAGACAUUGGGUAUGAUUUUGAAGAUGACCCCAAAGAUAAGAAGACACUUAAACCCCACCCAGAUAUUGAUGGCGGCUGGGCCUGGAUGAUGGUCUUGUCCUCUUUCUUUGUGCACAUCCUCAUCAUGGGCUCCCAGAUGGCCCUGGGCGUCCUCAACGUGGAGUGGCUUGAAGAAUUCCAUCAGAGCCGCGGCCUGACGGCGUGGGUCAGCUCCCUCAGCAUGGGCGUCACCUUGAUUGUGGGACCUUUCAUCGGCUUGUUCAUUAACACCUGUGGGUGCCGCCGGACGGCCAUCAUCGGAGGGCUCCUGAACUCGCUGGGCUGGGUGUUGAGUGCCUACGCCGUGAACGUGUAUUAUCUCUUUAUUACCUUUGGACUGGCAGCUGGCUUCGGCAGCGGGAUGGCCUACCUGCCGGCCGUGGUCAUGGUGGGCAGGUACUUUCAGAAGAGGCGCGCGCUCGCCCAGGGUCUCAGCACCACCGGGACCGGGUUCGGCACGUUCCUCAUGACGGUGCUGCUCAAGUACCUGUGCGCGGAGUACGGCUGGCGGAACGCCAUGUUCAUCCAGGGCGCCGUGUCCCUGAACCUGUGUGUGUGCGGGGCGCUCAUGAGGCCCCUCUCGCCUGGGAUGGAUGGCGAUGAUCCGGAAGGGAAGGCGCCGCACCACGUCCUGCCGGCUCACUCCACCGAAUCGGUCAGGUCCAGUGGACAACUGGGGGAUGCCGAGGAGAAGCGGGGAGGCCCUGGCACCGAGGACAGCUCCCUCGGGGACGCGCCCGCCCAGGCGUGCCAGGAGAAAGCCGCGCACAGAAAGGACAUGUGCGCCUUCCGGCUUCUGAAGACGGUGAGCCAGCUGACCAUGAGGGUCAGGAGGGGCUUCCGGGACUGGUACUCGGGCUAUUUUGGGACAGCCUCGCUCUUUACUAAUCGGAUGUUUGUCGCCUUUAUUUUCUGGGCUCUGUUUGCCUACAGCAGCUUCGUCAUCCCUUUCAUUCACCUCCCAGAAAUAGUAAACUUGUACAAUUUAUCAGAGCAAAACGAUGUGUUCCCCCUGACUUCAAUCAUAGCCAUAGUUCACAUCUUCGGGAAAGUGGUCCUGGGCGUUGUGGCCGACCUACCCUGCAUCAGCGUGUGGAAUGUCUUCCUGAUGGCCAACUUCACCCUGGUCCUCAGUAUUUUUAUUCUGCCCUUGAUGCACACCUACGCCGGCCUGGCAGUCAUCUGUGCCCUGAUAGGCUUUUCCAGCGGUUAUUUCUCCCUGAUGCCCGUGGUGACGGAAGACUUGGUGGGGAUUGAGCACCUGGCCAAUGCCUACGGUAUCAUCAUCUGUGCUAACGGCAUCUCCGCGUUGCUGGGACCGCCUUUUGCAGGGUGGAUCUACGACAUCACCCAAAAAUAUGACUUUUCCUUCUAUAUAAGCGGUUUACUCUACAUGGUAGGAAUCCUCUUUUUACUUAUUCAACCGUGUAUUCAAAUUAUAGAACAAUCCAGAAAAAAAUACAUGGAUGGCGCAAAUGUGUAG